AGUGAUGAUACAAUCUUUUUAAUUUAAUUGUAAUAUUAUCAAAUUUUAUUUAAAAAUAAUAUCAAUAUAAGCCUUGCUGUACAAAAAUUCUCAGUGUAAAACUUUAAAAGAAACAAUGAUUCCCGGAAAAUUUUGCUUUAUAUUUAUUUUCAUUUGUUGUAGUUUUGUAACUACAUCGGUUGUUGGCCAAACUUUAGAAGUAGUUAAUGACGAUGAACUAUUGGAACUAUUUCGAACAGAAAACUAUGUUCUUGUUCUUUUCUCUCUGAAGGAUUGUGAAAAAUGUAAACUGUACGAAGAAACUUUGAUACAAAUUAGAGAAGAGCUUGUUGAUGCAUUAAGUGCUUGGGUUGUUAAAGUAGAUGGCAGUAAUUUGGUGCAUAUAUAUGAUCCAACCAAAGAACCAGCAUUAAUCAUGUUCAGACAUGGAGUACCAUUGUUAGUGCCUGAGUUAGAGGCAAUGGACUAUGAUUUAUUGCUGGACAUAUUACUCAAUAAUAGAGAUCCCGUUGUCAAAGAACUUGAUGAUCACAGUUUUGAACAUCUUACUCAAGCUUCAACUGGUGCCACUACUGGUGAUUGGUUUAUUCAAUUCUACUCAUCCGAUAGUAUUGAAUGUCAAAGAUUGCAAGCACGAUGGGAAACUGUUGGUGCUAAAUUAAAAAAUCGUAUGAAUGUUGCUCGUAUAAACAGGCAUGGAGCUGGGUCAAUGAUUGCUCGUCGUUUUUCAGUUAGCCAGUCUCCUACAUUUAUACUUAUACGUCGUGGUGCAUUAUACAAGUACACAUCAUCUGAAUAUACUAUAGAUUCAUUUAUCAAAUUUAUUGAAGAAGAUUAUAAAUACACAGUUAAAGGAGAGAUACCUCUUCCUAAAUCUCCUUUGGACGAUUUUGUACACUUGUGUUUUGAUAUGCUCAGGGAAAACCCUCUUAUAUGGAAACUGGGAUUGGCAGGACUCAGUUUAAUGCUAUUAGGACUAGCUGCUUUGAGAGGUGGAUCAAAAUCUAAAGAACAUAAAUUAAAAAAGAAAUCGUCUAAGAGCUCGAGUAAAAAAUCUAAGUAAAAUGUAAAGAGUUAAAUUACUUUUUGUGUAACUAUUGUAUACUUUUAUAAAUAAUAUUACAAAAACCUUCAAUAAUUUAUAGUAAAAUUAUUCUAUAGCAACAAA